AUGCUCACCCGACCUCUCACCGGUGUUGCCCUGGCCGACAUGCUCACCCGACCUCUCACCGGUGUUGCCCUGGCCGACAUUCUCACCCGACCUCUCACCGGUGUUGCCCUGGCCGACAUACUCACCCGACCUCUCACCGGUGUUGCCCUGGCCGACAUACUCACCCGACCUCUCACCGGUGUUGCCCUGGCCGACAUGCUCACCCGACCUCUCACCGGUGUUGCCCUGGCCGACAUACUCACCCGACCUCUCACCGGUGUUGCCCUGGCCGACAUGCUCACCCGACCUCUCACCGGUGUUGCCCUGGCCGACAUACUCACCCGACCUCUCACCGGUGUUGCCCUGGCCGACAUGCUCACCCGACCUCUCACCGGUGUUGCCCUGGCCGACAUACUCACCCGACCUCUCACCGGUGUUGCCCUGGCCGACAUACUCACCCGACCUCUCACCGGUGUUGCCCUGGCCGACAUGCUCACCCGACCUCUCACCGGUGUUGCCCUGGCCGACAUACUCACCCGACCUCUCACCGGUGUUGCCCUGGCCGACAUGCUCACCUGA